ACCAACUCUCUCUGUUCUUCUACAUUCACAAACCCUAAACCUGCACUUCAAUGACUACUGCGCAAGUUAGCAACGGCGGAAUCUCAGACUCUUCGCCGUUAAAAAAGUCGCCGUCGUUCCGGUACGGCCGGAAAAAGUCCGUAACACGAACCGCCGCUGAGAUCGACGAUAUUAUAAAUCAUAUGCAUGGCUCUGAUCCCGUUCGUUUUGAGCUGAAUCGUCUGGAAAAUCAAUUGCGAGAUAAAGAUAGGGAACUGGGAGAUGCCUAUACAGAAAUCAAAGCAUUAAAGUACCAAGAACACCUUAAAGACAAGGCAGUGGAAGAGCUAAACGAUGAGCUAAACAAAGUGGACGAAAAGCUCAAGACAACUGAAUCCCUUUUAGAAAGCAAGAAUUUAGAGAUUAAGAAGCUAAACGAUGAGAAAAAACAAGCUCUAUCUGCACAAUAUGCUGCAGAAGCCACUCUUCGAAGAGUUCAUGCGGCCCAAAAAGACGACGAGAUGCCUCUUAUUGAGGCCAUUAUUGCUCCAUUGGAGGCAGAACUCAAGUCUGUUAAAAUGGAGUUAUCAAAGCUUCAAGAUGACAAUAAAGCUCUUGAUCGUCUCAGUAAAUCUAAGGAAAUUGCUCUUUUAGAAGCAGAUAGAACUAUUGAAAUGGCCAUGAUGAAAGCUUCCAUGGUUGAUGAUCUUCAGAACAAAAACCAAGAGCUCAUGAAACAAAUUGAGAUGUGUCAGGAAGAAAACAGAAUUUUGGAUAAAAUGAACCGACAAAAAGUUUCAGAGGUUGAAAAGUUAACUCAAACGGUUUGUGAGCUUGAAGAAGCUGUUUUGGCUGCUGGGGCCACUGCUAAUGCUGUGCGGGAUUAUGAGCGAAAAAUGCAAGAGAUUAACGAAGAAAAGAAGAUACUGGACCGUGAGUUAGCUCGUGCUAAAAUUUCUGCAAAUCGUGUUGCUGUUGUAGUUGCAAAUGAAUGGAAAGAUGCUGACAGUAAAGUAAUGCCUGUAAAACAAUGGCUGGAAGAAAGAAGAAUUUUACAGGGAGAAAUGCAGCAUCUAAAAGACAAACUAACCGUUGCUGAACGAACCGCAAAAGCAGAAGCACAGUUAAAAGAAAAAUACCGAUUACGAUUCAAAGUUUUGGAGGAAAGAUUUAAAUCAUCAUCCGGUAAAAAUAUUUCUUACGCUACACCCGAAAGAACAACGAGUAAUGCGCGUUCACAACGUCAAUCUCUUGGUGGAGUUGAAAAUUUAUCAAGAUCGCCAUCUUGUAGGCUUUCAUCAAGAAAAUUGUUAAAAAACCCGAGUGCUUCAUCAAAAGUACACGAUUGUAGCAAAUUAGUGGAUUCUGAUAAGCCAUUCCCAAACGGAGAUGAUCAUGCUGAUGAGAAAGAUAAGUCGAAGUCAAAAUCGGAAGAUUUUGUUUCCGGAAUGUUGUACGAUAUGCUACAGAAGGAGGUUUUGAAUUUACAAAAAGCUUGUCAUCAAAAAGAUCAAAAUCUUAAAGAAAAAGAGAACACAAUUGAGACAUUGGCAAGGAAUGUUGAGACACUUAAUAGAGCAAUGGAAGUAGAGAGCAAGAAAACAAGGAGAGAAAUAGCUGCAAUGGAAAAGGAACUUGCAGCCGUGCGUGUCGAUAAAGGGCGAGAUGGUCAAAUGGGAAGGCGUACGAGUAUGAGUACUCCAAGGACUCGUGUGAUGACUUCUGCUAUAAGAAGUGCAUGUUCAACAAAGUGACAACUGAGGUAGGACAGAUUACAAGAUUGAUUCAUUGAUUUGUUUUCGUAGACGAACUAAUCUUUGGUGCAUGAUGGUAUUGUUUGUGUGUCUAGUUGUGUACUUUUAAAAGUAAUUUGUAUAAUGUGCAAUAAAGUUAUUACAUGAUCUCA